ACUUCCGGUAGCAUUGUAGCAACAAUAAACAUGAUUAUUUUUACAAGUGUUUGGUAGGUUAUAGGCGAAUAUUGUAAUGAAAAUGACAAAAGACAGAUGACCUGAUAGUAAUGUUCAAAAACCUGCUGUGAAAACGUUUUAUCAGCUGCUGUAAGUUUGUUAUACGGCGACAGACUUCACGAUUUAUCCACACGUGAACGUUGGUAGAUUGUCUACUCAAUGAUGUGCAGUGAGCCGAAAGGAGGACUUCUUUUGUUUUAUGACAGAAAGUGACAGAGAUUGUGGACUGGCAACAUUAUCUAAACUAAAGUGAAAUACAACAGGUGACGAUGCCUGGUCAGUUCAGAUGUGCGGGGGACAUCCUCUUCACUGACCACCCCCCGAUCCCUGGCCAGAUCUCAGACGUCCAGCUGAAGCAGUUCUCGGAGACCAGUAACUUCUUACAGUGUCUUGAGCCACUGACCACAGACAAGCCAUUCUUCUUCGCUCAGAUACGAGCUCUGUCUAACAACAGUAAGAUCAGUAUCGGGAUCGCGGGUCCUGACAUAGCUGAGGACGGGACGCCGGGUCACUGGAUCAACACAGUGGGAUACAGUAGUGAGGGCAUCUGUCGAACCUCACACAACGAAAUUGCUAACACAUACGGAGCCAAGUACAGCAUAGGUGAUGUCUUUGGAGUUUUUGUCAGCCAUUUUGGAAAGCAGAUGUCCACUGUGAUUUUUAUUAAGAACGGACAACCUGUAGCUACAAGGUUACAUUUUGAACCUGACCAUAAAAAGUUUUUACCAACCAUCACCUUGGAGAAUGGACCGAUUGACCUUGGAAUUAUGUGGCCCCAGGCGGUGAUGGUGAAGCCCCAGUUCUCAGAUAAAAACAUGAUUCAGUGGAUUACCUCCCCUGGUGUGAGUUACAAUAUGGCCGACAACAUGUUUGUUUUCAACCCAGACACGGAAAACCAGGGUACAAUACAGAGCCCCACUUCUCUCUCCAGAGAAUUUGAACACUAUGAAGUCGUGAUCCAGAAAGUCUCAGAGUCAGGGGCAGGGCCAGCUGUUGGCAUAGCAACCUGUAGUUUACUGAAGCCAACGCCCACAUGUAAAGCUCUGGUUGACUUCUUCAGGCUGUUUGCUGAUGGGAAAAAUGUAAAGCUAUCUGAGGGUCAGAGGGUGGGGAUAGGAGUCCACUACCCCAGGGACGUACGGGAAAAACAGGACCAUGACGACAAAACUCAGCAGCUGGUCCUGGUGUUUGUGACCCUGGAUACCAAGAUCGGGUACGCCAAAGUCGUCGUACAGCCAGAAGGGGGGUUCUUCCCGAUGGUCGUCCUAAAUAAAAACGGUUCCAAGGUAACAGUUGACGUGACAACGAAUCGUAAAAUUGAGACAUAUGAGAACUUGGAUCCGAUGUUUGAGGAGCAUUUAGAGGAGGCUAACAGACUACUGCUGAAUGACAGUCUAAAAAGACAACUGAAGCAUGAGAUGUUCAGGAAGUCGGAGCAGUUGAAGAUCGAGGUCAAUGAACAGACGGCUAUGGUGGACCUGAGUAAGCAGUUCUGUCGAGUAUGUCUGUCUAAAGACGCCAUGGGGAUCCACCUCAUUCAGUUCAGACAACCCCUGACCAAGGGCAGCCCUUACUUCUGUAUAGAGAUCAGGAAACUCAAUGAGGACUCAGUACUUACAAUAGGCCUGGCAGACUCUAAAUUCCCCCUCAACAAGCACCCAGGAAAGGUCCCCGAGUCUACAGGGUACUGCUCCAGAGAUGGGAAAUUAUACUACAACAAACAACACGAGGGGCACUCACAGGGGGAGAGAUUUGGAGAGGGUGACAUGGUUGGUGUUGAGGUGUCAAACUUUGGCAGAAAACAUCCUGUCGCUCUGUUUUCUAAGAACUGGCGAGGGAUCGACACGCGUUACGUCACCAUCCUGGACCAGGAUCAGAUUUUACCGACGGUGGCUGUGUGUGGUAACGGAUACGACGUGGAAAUCGACAUCUUCUGGCAGAACCAGUACUUAAAAGGGCCGCCAUUUAAUGAACAUAACCCUCAGGACUGGUGUUACCCUAAAGAUGUUACUGUUGACAGGAAGAACCGAAUAUUUACAGCCCCGGAACACAACGAACCUAUCCUUAUACAGUCCCCACGACCUUUUGACCCCGAGUCAAAUUACGACUACUUUGAGGUACAGAUCCUGGAUAAGUUUGGUAAGGAGGCAGGUGCCCCACCCCCAGGGAUCGCCCUCAGCUCCCCGUGCUCCCAGGAUAUUACCCCCGGGUCGUCUUCCAAUUUCAGACAAGAUUACGUCAGAUUUCUUGCCGUAGAUGAAGCUGAGUCCAGUGUUUCUGUUGGAGAUAAGAUAGGGUGGGGAGUGAUUUUUCCUGACAGUGAACUAAAGAAACAGGAGGACCGCCUUAUAAUCUGUUAUCUGUGUAUAAACCUGACUGUGGUACUGACACGUGUCAUCUAUGAGCCCCCAGGAGGAGUUUAUCCAAUCAUAAUGCUUCCCAGGAGUGCCAAUCGUGUGAAGCUAGGAACUAUAAUCCAUAUCCACACACAUCCCAUAACUCCUGAUGUCCAAAGCGAGCUAAUCCAGGAGGCCAAAGAUCUCAUCGCGGAGGAAAAGCGGGUCACAGCAGAAGGGGGCGACCCACAUGAAAUGAACAUUGAUAAAAAUCUUUUUAAAGCAUUUGUGCUAGAAACUCCAGAUCCAAAACAGGACAAUAAAAACCCGGCAAAAGUAGCCACUGUAAUCAUGGCAGCCAAUGCCUUCCAGCGGAAAAAGAAAUCCGUUAGUUGUGUGUUGCUAUGACAAUGACCUUGAUAGGUGACUGAUCCUUAAGUGCAUUAAUUAGAUUGAUCC